AUGCAGACGACAUCGUUCUCAUUUUCGAAGAGGAGGAUAAGGCGCAGGUUUUUUUUGGAUGAGCUGACCAAAGUCACCCCCGUCUUUGGUCAUGCUCGUGGACGUGCAAACACUGAACAUGCGACUUACAAUCUAGGGGAGGCACUAGAAGUUGUGGAGCGCUUUACGUAUCUUGGAAGCUUUAUUUUUUCCGAUUGUAGUGUGACAGGUGAGUGUCGGCGUAUCCGCAACGAGGUAAUUAGAAGGCGAGUAUUCGGUUGUGCAACGGUCACUUUCAUUGAAGAAUGUGUUUAG